AUGGAUCGCGCCAACGUGCUCAUCCUGUUGGCUUGCCUCCUGUGCGGCGUGGCACUCGCCCAGGACGAAUGCUAUAGCGUGGAUACGAGCAAUGUCAGCGACGACCCAAAACUGGCAUUGGACGUCUGCGAAAUCAACGACCUUCUUGGAUUGGACCCCCCAGAUUACGAAAUGGCCAGGGAGAUUUACAAAACGGGCAACAACGCCAAGGGCACGACGCUUUUUGAUGUUGCAACUGCUGAAUAUCCAACCGAGCUUUACCAGAAAUACGCAGUGUUCUUUGGGGACCAGCAGUGGAUGCACACAAAGAUCGACCAGGCCCUCGAUGGUGAAGGCAAAUUCUCUUCCGAUAUCAAGAGGGUUCAGGCAGUCAAGAAACUCCUGCAAGCCUCCGUGCUUGUCCAGAGGUUUUUCUAUCACAUUGACUCUGCUGUGGCAAAGACUGAAGCCAACAACCCGGACGGUGCUCUCAAUAGCCUGGAUAGGGCCAUGGCUGUGUUCUAUGGGGGUGACAUCAGCUGUAGCCCCUUUGGCAACGGUCAGGCCAGGGGUAUCGAGUUUGGCACCAUCUCCGAGGGUGUCAGCAAGGCAAACAAGGAGGUCCAUGCUGCUAUCAAAGCAGGUGCGGAGGCUCUUAUGGCCAUGAUAGAAGAUUCCACAGCAGAUGCCAAGGAUGCUGUCAAAACUGCGAGGGAUAACAUGUUGAAGCAAGUGACUGUCAUCUACGUCCAGGCCUGCUUCAAGUACGCCACUCUGAUUGACACAGGCCUGGAAGAUGGUGUAGAUGCUGCGGUUGUGGAAAAGUCACAGGCUGAGGGCUAUGCCUAUUAUCAGGCCAUCUAUCCCCUCAUCGCGGAUGCCGACCCAGCAGGUGCUGAGGACAUUCUCAAGGCAUUCAACAUCGGCGCUGCACCAGACGAAGAAGCUGCUGAGCAGGUGAAGGCCAUCCUGAGGUCAAACUAUGCAAAGCUGUCCAUUGACGAGGAUGACGUCAAAGAUUUUGACCCAGAGGCAGUGACCAACUAUGAGGACCCACCCGAAACAUCCUGUGAGCUUGAAAACCCCUUUAGCUCCGAUGACAGUGGCAAGCCUAACGAUGUUGAUGGUUAG